CGUACUUCAGGCAGCGAAGCGUCAAGAACAGGUGACAUACCAGUGACAUACCGGGGCGCAGACCCUCGAUCUGAGAAUCAUUUGAGCGCCGUCAAGAGCUGGCUAGACGACUGUCUAGAGACCCACGCCGACUGUUGCAAGCUUGCUUCAGAGAAUGAUACUUUCGAUGCUCGGAACGCACCUCUUCCAACUCGUUGUGUCGAUGUCUCUGACGCGAAUAAUAUGAAAUUGGUGUCAACUGCCGGCCAACGUGGAUCUUACAUCUCGUUGAGUCAUCGAUGGGGGUCCGGAUCCUUCACCUGCAGGACUACGACUGACAACAUUGAUGCUCGAAUGAAACACAUAGGUUCUUCUUUACCGCGCACGUUUCAGAAUGUGAUUCAUUUCGUUCGACUCUUAGGACACAGGCUACUAUGGAUUGACUCUCUUUGCAUCAUCCAGGACGGCGACGAUGGGGCAGAUUGGCGGAAAAAGGCCGUGAAGAUGGGAGAGUACUACCAAUACAGUCUCCUCACAAUUGGAGUCAUAUGCCCGCCAGAUAGCGACGACGGAUGCUUUCCGCAAAGGUAUCCAUUCGUACUGGGUCAAAUCGCUUGCCUUCCGUACAGAAACAGUAAGGGCGAGCAUAAAGGUUUCUUUUACGUGAAUGCAAGACCAAGAACGAUUGACGACGACUACAGCGAUCUUGUCCUCAACAGCAAUCUUCUCCAACGUGGAUGGGUUUUGCAGGAAUGGCUUCUUAGCCGUCGCAUCCUUUUUGUCACUCAAAACCAACUAUUCUACGAGUGUCAGUCACGCUGGCCGGUCAAUGAGUUUCAAGAAGAGGCGGAUCUAAAGCUUCAGGCGGGCCGGAUAACUUCAGAGAUCCACGAGAACUGGAAAAUCCCCCUCAAACCAAUGUUAAGUCUGAGAACGCAUCCCGUCGGCGGUCUGUGGUGUAUCAUCGUGGAGACGUACUGCACACUCAGCCUCACGAAACCGGAAUGCGACACCCUGGUCGCGAUCUCAGGUAUUGCUCAUGAGAUAGGCAAAAUGAUGACGAGAGAGAACAACCCAACUGGCCAAGAUAUUGCUCAAGCGUGUUACGUUGCUGGUCUGUGGCUCACAGACAUCUACCAUGGCCUCCUCUGGGAACAGCGAAAGUAUUUUGGUGACUGUCAUCUGGGCUGCGAGGCACCUACCUGGUCAUGGACAUUACAUCGCCAACCGAUCAAGUGGCGGCCGCGCCGUUUAUCUCAAACCCCAGCCUGUCAUGUUGUCGCCCUCAGCCUUCCCGACGGCACGACCUUUCCUGUCGAGAAACGGGGCAAGGGCCUGACCCUAGCCUGCGCUUCCGACGAGCGCACCAACUCAUCACAACCAGGACACCAGUCACCCUCAAGUUUCUUCACUGUCCAGAAUAGCUUCACAACCCUCCACAUCUCCGCAUGUGUGAAACCUCUCCUCGUAAGCCGCCGCCUCACGCCCGAAGAAAUAAAACACAUCGCUCAGUCCACCAGCUGCUCGUCCGAUCAGCUCACACACGCGUGGCGCGCUGUCUGCGAUUCAUCGCGCCCGGAUCGUCACUUGGGCUGGGCGUCCAUCGAAAACUGGGCCAUCAACGAAGAAAUAGACGAGCGACAGCGGAUACAGCAAACAGUUGAAGCAGGCGAACAAGUCCGAGGUGGAACGGGUGUCGUCCUGCACGCUAUGCACGUCCUCACUUUCAAAGGCGAUUGGGUCGGAAUGCCAUUUGGGGAAUUUGCGUUUUGGAAUAGUGUCUGUUGUGUGAUUUUCCUGGUGCCGGCUCAGCAGGGGGCUGUAAAUGGGGAUGGAAAUGUGAGAGGGAGGACGUAUGAGAGGGUAGGUGUUGGGAGGAUAUUCAAAUCACAGGUGUUUCAGGGGAUGAAGAAGGUAGACGUGGCGUUGCAGUGA